ACUGUAACUGUUACUCCGAAUUUCUCAUGCAUAUCACCCUCAUCGUUCUGCUAUUUAGGAGAGUCUCUGUUACUUUCUUCUCAAACCCAGUUUCUUCUGCAAUAUAAUGUAAUAUUCAAGCUUACAAAUUGGUAGAUUCCAUCUUGUCAAACCCUUCCUCGAUAGUCUGAGAACAAUAUUUUUCAACUUUUCAUAGCAACCUCAGCUCUGACCCGAAACUCUCUGCUAGAUUCAAUUUUAUCGGCUGAGAUUCUAUAUAUACAUUCAUAUCCAUCUAAUUCUUAUCUGAAGAUCAGAGAUGGAAAAAAUCGAAUUUGAUGUGAUAGUUGUGGGGGGAGGAAUAAUGGGCAGCUGCGCAGCUUAUCAGUCAGCCAAACGCGGCCUAAGGACCCUCCUUCUCGAGCAAUUCGAUUUCUUGCACCACCGCGGCUCCUCCCAUGGCGAGUCCAGAACUAUCCGGGCAACCUACCCGGAGGAAUAUUAUGCCAAGAUGGUCUUGGCCGCCGAGACUCUGUGGCGCGAAGCCGAAGCCGAGAUUGGCUACAAGGUCUUCUUCAAGACCCGGCAGUUAGACAUGGGACCGGCGGACAACACGGCUUUGCAAGCCGUCGUUUCAAGCUGCCGGAAAGUUUCCAUUCCGGUUCGGGUUUUGGAUCCGACACGGGUUUCGGAGGAGUUUGGGGGCCGUUUUCAGUUACCGGAGAAUUGGGUCGGCGUUGUGACUGAGCUCGGCGGCGUCAUUAAGCCGACCAAAGCCGUUUCCAUGUUCCAAGCGCUAGCUGUCAAACACGGCGCGACUCUGAGAGACCACGUGGAAGUUAACGGCGUGGAGAGAGAUAACUUGACGGGCGGAAUCUCCGUUACCGCGAAAAGCGGAGAGAGAUUCUCGGGGAAAAAGUGCGUUAUCACGGCCGGCGCGUGGGUGCGAAAACUGGUUACCGCGAUCACCGGUUCCCGGGUGGUGCUUCCGGUUCAACCGCUGGAGACGAACGUCUCCUACUGGCGGAUCAAAGAGGGGCACGAAGGAGAUUUCACUAUCGAAAACGGCUUCCCGUCGUUCGCCAGCUACGGAGAGACGUACGUGUACGGAACGCCGGCGCUUGAGUUCCCGGGACUGAUCAAGGUAGGGUGGCACGGCGGCCGCGAGUGCGAUGCAGAAGGGCGCACCUUUGCGCCGCUGGCGAGCUCUAUACCGUCGUUGAAGCAAUGGAUAGAAGGACGAUUCGGGGGCCUGGUGGACUCGUCGGCGCCGGUGAUAUCGCAGUCAUGCAUGUAUUCAAUGACGCCGGACGAGGACUACGUGAUCGAUUUCCUGGGCGGGGAGUUGGGCAAGGAUGUGGUUGUCGCCGGCGGUUUCUCCGGCCACGGAUUCAAAAUGGGGCCCUUAGUGGGCCAGAUAUUGGCGGAUCUUGUCUGGAGUGGGGACCCACAUGACUUGGCGCACUUCAGGAUAGAUAGGUUCAAGGAGAACGAUAAGGGAAACGUGAAGGAUUUUGCGGAUCAAGUUAAUCGCAAGGCAGAUUUUUUAAUGGGACGAUUAUAAACAUUUAAUUACUGUAAUUGGGCUUCCUUUUGAAAUAAAAUUUGUAUUCAAAUC